ACCUGGGCUGGGCCGAUGAGCUGGUACCCUGACUGCCUGCUUUCCAUCCUGCCCAGACCCAGGCAGCUGGAGCCCCCAGGAAGAAGUGGGAAAGUUGGGAGUUUCAAGAGAGGCAGCAGCAGCUGGGCCAAGCAGAGAUGGAGCGUACCUCAGAGAAGUUUCGGAAUUGACUAUAACUGCAACUGCUUCGUCAAGGAUGGGAAGCCAUUCCGCUACAUCUCGGGUAGCAUUCACUAUGCCCGUGUGCCCCGGUACUAUUGGAAAGACCGUUUGUUGAAGAUGAAGAUGGCAGGGCUUGAUGCCAUUCAAACGUACGUGCCAUGGAACUAUCAUGAAUCUGAGCCAGGACUAUAUAACUUCUCUGGUGACAGAGAUGUAGAAUAUUUCCUGCAGCUAGCUAAUGAGACUGGCUUGUUGGUAAUACUGAGAGCUGGACCUUAUAUCUGCGCAGAAUGGGACAUGGGGGGUCUGCCUGCAUGGUUAUUGGAAAAAGAAUCAAUUAUUCUCAGAUCUUCUGAUUUAGAUUACCUGGCAUCUGUGGACAAGUGGAUGGGUGUCUUUUUACCAAAGAUGAAGCCUCUUCUUUAUCAAAAUGGAGGUCCAAUUAUUAUGGUGCAGGUUGAAAAUGAGUAUGGAAGCUACUUUGCCUGUGAUUACAAUUACCUUCGCUAUCUUCAGAAGCUCUUCCGCCACCACCUUGGGGAGGAUGCGGUGUUGUUUACCACAGAUGGGGCAAGCAGAAGUUACUUGAGAUGUGGAGCCCUGCAAGGUCUUUAUGCAACAGUGGAUUUUGCCCCAGGUUGUAAUGUCACAGCAGCAUUUUUAUCUCAAAGAAGCAGUGAACCAACAGGCCCUUUGGUUAAUUCUGAGUUCUAUACUGGCUGGUUGGAUCACUGGGGUCAUCGUCAUUCUUUUGUGCCAGCCCAGCUGGUAGCUAAAUCUCUUAGUGAAAUCCUGGCACGUGGUGCUAAUGUUAACAUGUACAUGUUUAUAGGUGGGACCAAUUUUGCCUACUGGAAUGGAGCAAAUAUGCCAUACACACCACAGCCUACUAGUUAUGACUAUGAUGCUCCAUUAAGCGAAGCAGGAGACCUCACGGAGAAAUACUUUGCUCUGAGAGAAGUAAUUGGUAUGUAUAAAAGCUUACCUGAGGGUCCUAUCCCUCCAACAACACCAAAGUUUGCAUAUGGGCAGGUUCAAAUGGAGAAGAUAGGCACUCUGCUAGAAGUUCUUGAUGAUCUGUCACCGUCUGGACCAGUAAAAAGCAUUUAUCCAUUGACGUUUGUUCAGCUAAAACAAUAUUUUGGGUUUGUGUUGUACAGGACAAACCUGAAAAAAAACUAUAGUGAGGAAACCCUACUGAUUUCACCUCUCAGUGGAGUUCAUGAUCGUGCCUACAUCUCUGUGGAUGGGAUUCCUCAGGGAGUCCUUGAAAGAGGCAAGUCACUUAUGAUAAAUAUAACUGGAGAGGCUGGAGCAAAUCUGGACCUGUUAGUAGAAAACAUGGGUCGAGUAAACUAUGGUAGAUACAACAAUGACUUUAAGGGUCUGGUUUCAAACUUAACACUUGAUCAAGACAUACUUGUUGACUGGGAAAUCUACCCUCUAGACAUAGACAGAGCAGUGGGACGUGGCCUAAAAUGCGAUGAUGAUGAAUUGAAAACACCUGGAAAUACUCCACCAAGCUAUGAACUACCUGCUUUUUACACUGGUACAUUAUCUAUUCCCAGCGGGAUUCCAGACUUACCCCAGGACACCUAUAUUAGAUUUCCUGGUUGGACCAAGGGACAAAUCUGGAUCAAUGGCUUUAACCUCGGUCGCUACUGGCCAGCCCGUGGUCCUCAAAUGACCCUGUUUGUUCCAAGCAAUAUUCUUGUAUCGUCAGCACCGAACAAUAUUACAGUACUGGAGUUGGAGCGGUCUCCUUGCAGCAUCCAGGAAUGUGUCGUAGAAUUUGUAGACAAACCUGACAUCAAUGCAACAUUCCAGUAUGAAGGCAACAGUGAGAAGCUGUUCUCUAAAGAUUUAUGGCUGAGCCAUCUGUGAUGGCUGAGGAGUGAUUUCCAUAGCGUCUCCCUUUUUCUGCCCCAUGCCCUCAAAUUAUACACUUCUCAUAUGAAGAAUCAAUGUUAAUUGGUAUGUGGUUUAACUGGAAGCUUUUUCACAUCCCUAAAUGUGUAGUUGUUUUAUAAACAGGAGAAAGAAAACAUGAGGUUUCUUUUCAAAAUGAAGGUUCUAGUUUUCAAGUCAGUUUUCGAAUGAGAAACAGAACUUAAAUGGAAGAUCAUAGUGACGACAAGGUCAGACAAACAGAUAGCUCAGAGAACAGCUUGUAUGCAAAGCAGGCUCCUACACUAGUUGUUUUAACAUUUCUUGUGAAUGUGGAGAAACUUACCAUGAUAAGAACUAGGUGGUUGCACUAGCACGCUUACGAAAUACUUGACUAUACAAGAGCAUCAGAAGGCUUGGGUAUCCCACGUACAAUUUACAUAUGACCUGGUUUCAUCUAGGCUUAAAUACCCAGUUAGUAUAAUUUCUGUUUAUUGCCUAGAGGGUUAUUUCUCCUCCCAACCCGUAACAUCUAAAUGACUUUUAAAAUAUUCCAGAAUCUUCUGCUUCUGGGAACUGAAUAUCUAACAUACAUUGCAGCUGAAAUGCAAUCUACCUAUAGUAAUAUGAACAUCUGCAAGUGGCUUCUGGUUACAGGUCUGCCUGUUUCUCUUUGAUCAGUCAUUUCACUGAUACACACACACAUAUUUCUAUCUAUCUAUCUAUCUAUCUAUCUAUCUAUCUAUCUAUCUAUCUAUCUAUAGAUAGAUAGAUAGAUAGAUAGAUAGAUAAUUUGCUUUCUGUUUUUCAGCCUUUGAGAUUCACAUUAGUUAUCUUUAACAAUUUUUCAAGGACUAGAAAUUAUUUAAUCAAAUUUUAACUCUUGUGAAUAAUUAUCCCCAGGACUGGUGGUUAAAGGAAGAAAACCAGGAGUUAGCAACUUUAGCUCAUGUUUGACUUUCUCAAGCUAAACCAAUUCUUUGCCUCUUGCCUUGGGCAUCCUGGUUCCUACAGCUUCUCUGGGGUACAGUAAUCCUAUCCUUGGAGCUUUUAAUCCCCCUACCUCCACAGCACUAUCAGCUCACUCUUCUUCUGGAGACAUUGAUGAGUUGAAGGGGACUUUCCAUAUUACUUCCAGGAGAUGCACUUGGAUUCUUCUACAGCUCUGGGUUCUAGUCCAAUGACAGUCUGGAAAGCAAAGCAGUUCAUAUACAUCAUUAAUUCCCACUCUAGACCACUCCUAGUCCACUCCUUAAGCACUCACACUCUCUCUUCUUUGACCCAAUAGGAAUCAUAAAUAGGGCUGGAAGGGACCUCAUGAGGCUGGAAAGGACCUUAUGACUACAAAGAAUAGUCUCUCUCUCUCAUCUUUAUAACUACCUUCAGGUAUUUAAAGACUGUUGUCAAAUUCUUCCUCUGUAUUCUCUUCUCCAGACUAAAUAAUCCUAGUUCUUCCAGCGUUUGCUCAUAAAUCUCAUUUUCCAAGCCUCAGGGUUUUUGUACUUGAUUUUAUUAUCCUCUGGACAGUUUUCCCGUACCCCUUCCUCUGCCAGGAUGCUUCUCUUACUGUAAGUGCCAGUUGCUGCUGGUGUCCUGACCAUCAGCUCAGUUAUGUCUUUUUGCUGUCCUUGAGCUAGUGACACCUGCUUUUAAAAGGACUACACAACCCUGUAACAGAGCUAUUUGGAAAACUACGUUUUCCUUUAAAAAUGUUUGAAAACAAACAUUUAAAAAAAUUCCUCAAAAACCCAGAACUAACAGUUUCAUUUUAACCGAAGUCUGAAAGCUAUUGACAAAGGUUGUUAAAAGAAUUGAAAAAGAAUUUUUAGUUACAAUAUCCAAAAAAAGGUCAAGCCUUUGCAGUAGACACAAGACAAAAUGUAAGAGUGAGCCUGGUUAGUACACAUGCAGUAAACUCUCUGUGUUUAAACCAUCUCAGUAGGUCAGUGAGUCCAUGUAGUCUUCAUGGUUGACCUUCGAACGAUGGGCCAAUUUGAUAUCUUUACACUGGUUUUAUAUUAAUGCAGCAUGACUAAUUUAAAUUAUAUUAACUCCUAACUUGUGCCAGUGCAAGUGAGAAGAACAGCUGAAGGUCUCACUGCUGCACAAAUGGAACUCGUGGGUAGUACUGACAGAACAGUCAAUGACAGAAAUGCAUACUGAAAGCAAGUUUAAAAUGAGUCUUAAAAUUGGUGAUAUUCAUUUAUUCGGAAGACUUAUGCUGUGAAGACAUUGAGCCAGCAGGUUGUCUUUUUUACUGGUUAUAAAUAAUUAUUACAAUGGUGCCUGCCAUUGUGCCUUUACAGUUGCUAAUCUUGGUGUAAGUGUCUGAUCUCUGUAAACAUGUAGAUUAAUUUAGUGACUGUUGCUGUUAGUGAAAGCUGACUUCCAGUAACAGUCUGUCUCUAUGCUUCUCACUGGGUUUAGUGUCAGUCUUGCAAACUCUGAAAGGAGGCUUAAAGAAUUGAGACAAUGAAAGAAAUUAAAGUAUUUUCCUAAAUUGCCAAA